AUGGGCGGCGGCUUAACCGAUCGCUUUACACCUCUAUAUGCAGCACAAGUUGAGCAUCUACAAGAAUAUGAAGAUAUUUUAGUAAAUAAAGAACUAAUAUUAACUAAACAAUUACACACAAUUAUUAAGCAAGCACAAGAUACAACUGAUUAUGAUCAAGAAAAAUUUGUUAAUGAUGUGCGUACAAAUUUAUUACAUCAUCAACAAAUAUUAAACGAUUCACAAACACAUUUACAACAGCUACACAAAGAAUUAAACACAAAUAUUAAUUACAAUAACAAAAAAAAUCCAUAA